GCCGUCCGCUGGCGUUUGAAGUCGGAGGCUCCGAGCGUUUCGUUAUAUAGGUGUCGAGCGAUGCGCGCGGCGCGCAGUUACUGUACUGUGUCACUGGAGUCCGCGCGAGAGGUGGUCUGCAAGGACUGUACCGCGCCGCCAACCUUUUUUUCUGUGCGUGCGAUGUUUUCACUUUCGUCAUUUUGACCGGGCCAGUUCGAUUUGACGUCGCUCGCGCACGGACGUGCCUAGGACCGGACGUUGUGAUUAUCCUGUGAUCGCUCGCGCUGGUGCUUUGGAUUGUUUUUGUUUAUAAAUUAUUUUUGUGAAAGCAAUGGCUGUGAUGCAGUGCUAAUAUGUUUGAUAGCAACGUCCUUUUGAAUUUCUACAAUGAGAUUGCGAAUAGAAGUGCACUACAGUUGGCAAGUGCUGGAAUGAUGGGCGAGGGCCUGCUGACGCUCACAUACGGCAAGCACCACGCCUGCAUCCUGAACGAGGUGGGGGCGGCGUGGCGCGGCGCUCGCUACUCCGACCUGGUGUUGGUAUGCGAGGACGCCGUGCCCCUCGCUGCGCACCGCAUCGUUAUGGCUGCUGCUAGCCCUUUAAUCAGGAAAAUCCUUGACGAUACACCAUCAAUUGAAUAUCCAGUCACAAUCCACAUGUCCGGUAUUAGCAGCACUCUCAUGAGACAUCUUCUUGUAUUCCUAUACAGCGGCCAAGCGUAUAUCGAGUCUGGAGAAAUUGAUGACAUGCAAGAACUGUUUGAAUUACUAGAAAUAAAAUCAGACGUAUGGAAAUCAACGAAAGAAAGACAACAGGCAGAAGAAAGAAACAGAUCUUGCGACCGUUUAAAAAACAAGAAUCUUAAAACAGACAUCAACAGUAAUGAAAGUAGUAAACACGAUGCACCGUCAGGAUCAUCACAUUCAGAAAGCGAAAGAAUAACACCUGGAGCAGGCUAUAGUAAAGACAAGGAGCGAUUAGAUUCCGAAUCACUAAGCAUAAAGAAGGAAAACAUGUCAACAAGCAGUAAUGAUGAAAGAGAAGAUGAUGAUGCUGAAGGUGAAAAAAGGGACAAAGCAUGUGGACGACUUUCAUCGCGCAGACGGAGUUCAUCGAAUCCUGUUAAUUUAUCAGUAGCCAGAAAUUCAGAAAACACCAGUAGUGAACAUGACGACUCACAGGAUUUAGAUGUCGAAACAGUAGCUGCUAAGAAUGUUGAAAGAAGACGAUCAACAUCUUCAAGCCAAGAGGAUCAACCACAAGAAACGGUUUACAGAAGACAAUUACUAAGCGACCGAUUAGGAAGAGGAAUUGAAAGAAUAAAAAGGAAAUCCCACUAUCUGGAACCCCCUGAACUUGAUUUAAGGACUGUUAAAUUUGAAGAUUAUGGACAUUUAAAACCACCCGAUAAUGAACUAAUGGCUCUCGUUCAAACUUCUCCUGAAAAUUAUGUCGUAACGCCUCACAGAAAAAGAAGACCUGGCUUUCACAAUUCCCCAUCACAGAAUCCUCCAUUUGUAUCAUUUCCUCCAAGUUACUUAGAAGAGAUGGCGCAUUUGCGGUACGCACAAGGACCAGGUGUAGCAGCUGGAGUAGCUCGGCUUGGUGCAUUACAUCAGUUGAGCGCAUCAGCUCCACCAUAUUUACCUGAAAGAAGUGCCACACCUCCUGCUACGGCCCACGACGAUGCUCUCAAAUACCGGCCUCCAAGUGCGGGUUCUUGGGGACCUUGGCUAUGUCAACCAACAAUGGGCGGAGACGAUACGCCAUCAACAGACCAUGAGCAGGGUUCUAGUAAACAAGCACCGGUCCGGGAGUAUCGCUGUGAAUACUGCGGAAAACAAUUUGGUAUGUCAUGGAAUCUCAAGACACAUCUUCGAGUUCACACAGGAGAAAAACCAUUCGCGUGUCGACUCUGUGUCGCUAUGUUCAAACAAAAAGCGCACCUGCUAAAACAUUUGUGUUCAGUACAUCGGAACGUCAUAUCGUCUAGCGAAAACGAUGGGCGAACUAAUACACCUGGAAGAUUCAACUGUUGUUUCUGUCAGUUAACAUUUGAAGCGUUACCUGAACUCAUCCGACAUCUUUCAGGACCGCACAAUAGUCUCCUUCUCAGUAAAAAUUUGCACGAAUGACGCCUGCUUUCGUGACGCGAAUUAGCGCGUUUUAUUGGACUUUGAAACUUCUCUCAUUUGGAGAGCUCAAUUGUGAUAUGUGUUUUAAAAGGUUUUAUUUGAUAAGUGUUAGUUGUAAUAAGUUCAUUAUCGCAGAGCGAUACUCAUAGUAAGGCAUCCGCAGAAAAAGGUUACCGCGGGUGUGAUAUAAAUUCGUAAUUUAAAAAUCACAUGCCGAAUGGGUCCAAAUAUUUAUAAUUUGUUUAAAAAUUAUAAUCCGGGACCAAUUCCUUCCGAGAUAGUAUUUAUUUGAAAAUGUAUUUCAUUAGCGUAAAUAUUAUUUAAAAGCCACCGACACAUUAAUUCCUUAAGCAUAGAAAGUAGAUGCGAUUGUCUAAGAAAAGUUGCGAAGUUUGUACAGCCUUUUACUAAAGGAACGUCACAUGAACUACCUCCUAAUUUAAAUCAGUGUUUGAUGAAACUACCGGUGACGCGGUUUUGUAGUAUUGACUCUAUACUUCUUACCAUUGCACAAAAGUAUACAGUCAAUAUCUCUAGUCAGAAUUGGAACUUAGAAUUUAUACAAAUCACUGAGUUGUUCAUUCACAAUGUACAAUCACAAAUUAAAUCAAAUUAUCUGAAACUGUACAAUAUUACAUUUUUUAGUGUUGCUACUCAUCGGUGUUUUACCAUAUUCAUUGUCUUGAAGUGUAUUGUCUUGUAUCACAAAUACAUUAUCAUCUGCUUCUGUUUACUUGUUAAAUGUAUUAAAACUGAAACGUUUGACUUAGUUCCAAUAUUUAACCUGACUUUAACGUUUCGCAGCUUUUCGGACAUUUAAAAUCUCAUUAUUAGUUUUUAUUACUUACGUAACUUCUAAAGUUAGAAAGAAUGUGUUCGUAAUAUUAAAUUUGACUAUGCCUUCAUAUUGUUUGUGCCGAUUUAUUUUCAAAGUGGAUGAACACCAAAGAUUUGUAAAGCAUUGAUAUUGUUUUGGUGUAAUACAAUUAAGAGAAAUUAUAGGGACCUGAAAAGAUUUCGAUAUUAAACUUAACGUAUGUAGGUACCAAUUUAAUAAUCUCACGACUGUAAUUAAUAAAAUUUCUUAAUAUAAUUUUCUCUUCUACCAUACACUUUCGUAAUUCCACUAAGAGCUGUUAUAUGAGCUUAAAUACUAUUUUUUGAAUAUUUAUACCUAUCUUAGUAUUAAUUCAAUGUCAACUCGACAUUAUGUUCAAAGUAAAAUGUUUUUAUCGUCUUAUCUACUUUAAGCUUUGUUUAAAUCUUGCAAGCUUUCUUUAGAGCACACUAGAAUUGUGGCCAGUUAUUUUUAAACUCAUAUCUAGUUAAACUUUAUGGUUGGACUGUUUUCUUACAAUAAUAUCUAUUAUUACUGUUUCUUUUAUGUUCUUGCAAUGUUAAAACCGAAAACCAAAAGUGAUUCGCUGCUUUAAUUUAAAACCAAAAGCUGUAAUUGUCUUAUGUUUUGGUGAAGGUUCGAGUUUGAAUUCGUAAUUUUUAUUACGUUAUGAAGCAAUAAAUAAUUAGUAUCUAAAUAUCGCUAUCGUAAUACUCAUUUUCUACAAAAGUAAUGUACAAUUUUGUUAUUGUCAAUUUUAUUUAGUUUCGGGCAAUGUUUGCAAAAAGUCUUUGUACUUCAAUAAAACUUAAGUUACCAGAAAAUUGUUCAAAACUUAGAAUAAUUGACAGAGUUGUCGAAUCGCUUUAACGAUUUCCUUUUAAACGUUACCUAUCGUUAUACCUGAUAUUUUUAUAUUACGUGUUUGUUUGUUUUUACGUAUUUUUUUAAUUGGGGAACAACUUAAUCUUAAGCAUUGUGAUUUUGAUUGGUUAGAUUAUGUAUGUGAUAAAUGUUUGUUUUUAUUGUGUAGCAUUGAGAACGCUGUCUUCCAUUGCGUUUUCCAUAUUUUUAAACUUAUUUGUAAAUAGCUAGCUAUAAGUGGUGCAUGACAAAAUCGUCCAUAUUACCAAUCGCUGCCGUUGAUACGUAAAACGUCUACUCGAACAAACUUUCUAUAUUUUUUACUCUCUUUAAAUACAUUCAUAGAAAUAAGAUUGUUGUGACAUUCUUAUUGUGUGGACGUGCCGAUGAUGCCUUAACAAUGCAAUUUUUACAUAAUUAACAUAUUUGUAUCAGUCAAAUGCUUCUCUUAUAUUAUAAAAAAGUACACAUGUAUUUUUAAUGCCAUCUUUAUUUUAUAAAUAACGUAUAAUGAAAAAUGUAAAAAAGGCCUACUUUCUUAAAAUUUUUACUAACCAGGUUGGAAAAAAAAAGUAUGCUUUGUAUUGGUCCCUGCACCCUAAAUCACCUGCAACCACAAAUUCGUAACACAAAGUUGUUUUAAUAAAAAUUUUGCAUUAAAAAAUAAUUUUGAAAUUCACAACGUAAUAUAAAGGAAGCACUUGACAUUUUACAUUUACAAUCAUAAAUAUUCUGUAUAAAAUGUAUACUUUGUUAGAAUUUUAGAGCGUCCACUGUUUUUUACGUUCUAAUAACGAACGGUUUUACGAACGAAUUGAGUUCGAAUGUCGAACGCCUAUAUAAUAGAUAUUAGUUUGAUCAAGGCUACAAUAAAACGUAUACAACAUAGAGGAAGCUCUAAAGUUAUAGGGAUACAUACUACUUAUUGUAUCAAAAUCGUGUGAGUUAGUAAUACCAAUUAUAUUUUUUCUACGUCAAGCGUUCUUCAGGGUCUGUAUUCUUUACCAUACCUUUGCUACAUUUUUUUUUUACCCUACUACACCGGAGUAAAAUUAGUUUGUGUCUGCAUCUGAUAUUAAUAAAUGAGGUGUCGAUAGAUUUGUGUCCGUUUUAGAAUCAAUAUUGGUGUUCUCACGAUGGCAUUAUAAUUGUCACUGAAAAUAAUUUAAAUACAUGAUGUGCACAUAUUAUGAUUGAAUAGGUACAUCUUAAAAGUAAAGUGACGUUACUUUGCUUUUAGUUGUGGUUGCAUUAAGCUACGAAAUAUAGUGUAUACACAUAUAUAUAUAUAUAGUGUAUACACAUAUAUAUAUAUAUAUA